CGACCGACAUCUUGAUCUCGUCACAAGUGGCUUCUUUCUAUCUGCCGAUCAGAGCUUGCUGCGCUCUGAUUGAACUGUUUCGUAGGGCGCAUUGAGAAGUAAACCAUGGCCGACUUUGAUCAGUUCGAAGCGAGUUUCGACAAUCCACCAGUGACAGAAGAAGAUCCAGCAGCGGAAUUCCUGGCACGGGAACAGGACGUGCUGGCAGGUCUGGAGGAUGACAACUUUGACGGUGUCCCCGUGCCGCAGCAGCAGCCCACCGUCGAUGGCCUCGCCGAUGAUGUCGCAGCGGAAGUGCAGAUGAAUGGGCCAUCUCAGCCACCAACAGUUGUCCCGGACACAUCACCACGGCCGACACCUGUCCGUGAGGAGCCUGAGAAAAUAAAGAAAUGGCGUGAAGAGCAGGCCAAGAGACUGGAGCAAAAGGAUGUCGAAGAAGAGGAGAAGAAAACUGAACUUCGAGCAAACGCAAAGAAAGAGCUUGAGGAGUGGUACGCACGAUAUCAUGAGCAAAUUGAAAAAGCCAAGUUGGCCAACAGAGAAGUUUCCAAGAACGCUGAAAAAGAGUGGGUGCAUGAGCGUGACUCACCGGCACCAAAGGGCCAGGAGUGGGAGGCCAUUGCCAAGCUGUGCGACUUUAACCCCAAGGCUGCACGCAAUAGCAAGGAUGUGUCACGCAUGCGCUCUAUCAUCUUGCAACUGAAGCAGUCUCCGCCGCAGACCAACAAAACACCCUGAGGUGCACUUCUGUUCAUCAGCCUGAUCCUCUUCAUUUGUAAAGAGGUACCACAUGAAAUACUAGACAUUGGAUGUGAACUGCCGUUUGAAACAUCUGAUACUGCCUGCAAUAGCCACACAUGGAGACUUGUAGAAAUGCUGUCUGAUGUCAUUCUUUUUCUUUUUAUAUACUUUUUGGUAGCCACAAACUGUCAGUGCUUUUACCAUUGCCUUUGUUACAUAAUUUUUUCUUUUGUGGUGGUUGUUUGCUUUCUUAUAGUGGAGUAGUAUUUUUUUGUUUAUUAUAACAUGUGCAAAGUUUAGUUUUGCAGUUUAUCAACAAGAACAGCCUACAUGUUGUCAAUGAAGGAAAAAAAAGAAAAGAAAUGCAGGUAAAGUGCAGAUCAUUACAUGUACUUUAGCACAAUGGAGUCCAAGCUGUGUGGAAAGUGUUAUGUAGAAUAAGCUAUUACGUGAUAAACUUUUUUUUUUCUGUAUUCUGCGGAAAAGAAUGCAGCUUGUCUUUCAAAGAACUGUAUGGUUUAUGAAGGAGUUAUAGUUCUGAGGAAAUGAAGAUGCUACUGAGUGAACAAGUUUGAGAAACAUUGUCUGCAAGUUAUCCUUUCAGCUGCCUCUGCAGGAAAGCGACCUUUAUUUUAUCUUUAGUUGCCUGGUAAGAAGCUGAUGGGGCUCAGCGUUAUUAAAAGCCUUUCACUCUAGUGCAUCCUUGCUUUGCACUGUGAAUUUGAUGUUAUUGUGGAAGCAGUUAUGAGCAGUGGUUGCAAGUGAUUGUACUAUUUAUGACUUAGUUCUUAAAUAAACAGAACAUUUCUUAUUGA